AUUGCGUAGUUUAGUGUCACUUGGCGACAUUGUCAGUGCGUCAACUCGUCAAAUGUGAUUACUUUCAGCUGUGGACAUCGUAAACGCAGGAAAAGAAGCCACUUAAGCAGAAGGGAGAGCCAGAUGCCGGGUUUCCAUGUGCUGCGAUCACCGGAGAGGUUCAAUGUGACUUGUAUGCAUCCUAAAUAGCUCUGCAUCCACCGCUUAUGUAGACGUUAGUUUGUAUGGGAGUAACGUAAACGUAACCCCGCUGCGGCCCAUAGUUACAGAAGCGCCUGAACCCUAUCUGGACCAGCUGCGGACUCUGACGUUUCUAGCCCACCACCGUCAUGGCCUCUGCCACCUCGACCCCCGCUACCGCCUCCAGCGGCCGCUCCAGCCGCUCCGCCAGCCGCUCCGCCAGCCGCCACAGCGCAGCCACCGGCCUGCCCGCAUCCAGCACCAGCCCGACCCGCAUGUACCGCAUCCAGGAGAAGGAGGAGCUCCGGCACCUCAACGACCGCCUCGCCAACUACAUUCACCGGGUCCAAGACCUGGAAAGUGAAAGGUCCUCCAUAUUGUUUCAGCUGGAAGAAAAAGAUGAGUCGAAAAGCCGGGAGAUGGGCAACGUUCGGAGGCUGUACGAGGAGGAGUUGGCCGACGUCAGGAAGUCCCUGGACAGCCUGGCCGGAGAGAGGGCCCGUUUGCAGAUCGACCUUGGAAAUCUGUGCGAGGAGUACCGGAAACUUCAAGCCAGGAACCAGAAGAAGGAGAGUGAUCUGGCCAACGCUCUGGCCCAGUGGAGGCAAGUUGAGGCCGCUCUGAGCUCCAAGGAUGCUGCGUUCACCAAGCUGCUGUCUGAGAACAGGAGACUCAGUGACGAGUUCACUGACCAGAGCAGCCAGCUGGAAAACGUAGAGGGUGCUCUGGCAGACACCAAGAACCAGCUGAGCUCUGAGAUCCUGAGGAGGGUGGACUUGGAGAACCAGGUGCAGACCCUGAAGGAACAGCUGGGACUCCAGAAGAACAUCAAUGAGCAGGAGGUCUUUGAGAUCCAAAGCCGACAUGAGAGUCAUCUAGUGGAGCUGGACUCAGGACGCCGGAGAGAAUUUGACAGUAAACUGGCGGAGACGAUGCAGCAGCUCCGCCAGGACCACGAGUCUCAGGUGCAGCAGUACAAAGAAGAGAUCGACAGGACCUUCAGUUCUAAGUUACAGAAUGCCCAGCAGGCCGCAUUGGAGAAAAACAGUGUUGCGUCAGCCACCAAAGACGAACUGGAAAGCACCAAGCUCAGAGUGGAGAGCCUCAGCUCCCAGCUCCAGCAGUACCAGAAAGAUAAAAUGGUCCUAGAGAGCCGCUUUCAGGAGCUGGAGAGGACUCUUGACGGGGAGCGGGAGGUUUGGCAGCGGAGACUCAGUCAGAAGGAGCAGGAGCUGCUGACUAUGAGAAGCCAGAUGUUCGCCCAGCUGGAGGACUACGAGAACCUGCUGGAUGUCAAGCUGGCUCUGGACAUGGAGAUCAAUGCCUACAGGAAGAUGCUGGAGGUGGAGGAGCAGAGAUUGCAGCUGUCACCCAGCCCUUCCCAGCAUACAGCUAUACCCCGAACUCAGGUACACGGCAGCCGCAAGCUCAGAGGGAAGAAACGGAAAUUUGAGGGAGUGUCUGGCAUAUCACCGGUCUCUAAAAUGUCCAGUCGGUCAGCAGAGCACGGCACUGUGAGCGUGGCAGAGGUCGACGUCGACGGAAAAUAUGUCCGACUGAAGAACAACUCUGAGACGGAGCAGCCGCUGGGUGGUUGGGUGGUACGAAAGAUGUACCCAGACUGUGAAGACCUCUCCUUCCACAUCCCCUCCUCCUGCAUCCUGGCUGGUGGGCAGACGCUCACAAUCUGGGCCGCAGGUGAAGAGGCGGAGGCUGAUUCUGGGGACCUGGUUCUGCAGGGCCAGAGGAGCUGGGGCCCUGUCACUCAUGUAAGGGUGGUUCUUCUGGACCCCAACUAUGAGGAGAUGGCGGAGCACCGGGUGUGCAUGCAGGACAGAGGUGAGGAGACCGAACUGGACUUUGAUGAAGAAUACGUCGCAGGCAGUGACAUCCAGCACUUUCGGAGACAGGUAAAGACACUGACUCAUAAAGCAACCAAAAACAAACUUUAUAACUUCAGUGUGAAGUGCUCUUACAGAAACGGGCCCAAAUGCUUCAGUACAUGAAACUUGAUGUCUGGUUUUUUUCCUGCCUACACUGAAGCCCAAGAGGAAGAAGAAGUGUUGUUCUGUCUCUUGAGUGCAGAGCAGACGGCGUGCUGUACAGGUGAGGAGGGCGGUGCUGUUCCCCCUCUGCUCGUCUGCUUGUACCCGGUGUGCACGGCUCUGUGUAAAGAUGCAUGGCUUGUUUCAAACAUGUUGGAUUUG